AUGCAGUUCCGUCCCGCCUGCCUCGUCGCCGCCACGGCGCUCCUCUUCUCGCCGUCUGUCGUGGCCGUCCCCGAGCUAGUGAAACUCCCCUACGCACAAUAUCAAGGCGUCGCGCUCGAGAACGGCGUCACGCAGUGGCUGGGCAUGCGGUACGCCGCGCCGCCCACCGGUGACCGCCGCUUCCGCCCUCCCGAGGAGCCCUUUCCCAAGCACGACGUCCAGUCCGCCGCCUCCCACGGCACCCGAUGCCUCGUCACCGGCCAGCCGCCCAACGCGACCGGCUUCGGCGAGGACUGCCUGUUCGUGAACGUGCAGGCGCCGACCCGCGCCACGCCCAAGUCCCGUCUCCCCGUGCUCAUGUGGCUGCGCGGCGACGGCUUCGGCGACCCGCAAUCGUACGCCGAGGUCAACGCCACGGACUUCAUCGCGCGCAACGGCCACGACAUGGUGGUGGUCACGUUCAACAGCCGACUCGGGCCGUACGGCUUCCUCUCGCGCGUGGACGGCAUGACGACCAACAACGGCAUCCGCGACCAGACGAAGGCCGUGGAGUGGGUGUCGCGCUUCAUCCGCAACUUUGGCGGCGACCCGGAGCAGAUGGUGCUCGGCGGGUCGGGCAUCGGCGCGCAGAACGUCCUGGUCCACAUCACCAUGUACACGGGCUUCCGCGCGAGCUUCAGGGGCGUCAUCGCCGAGUCGCCCUCGUUCGCGCCAAUGCUGACCCUGGACGAGGCGGAGGCGCAGUACCACCGGUUCGCGGAGCAGAUGGGGUGCAGCUCGCGCGGGAACUCGACUCGGGCUCGUCGGUCCACGGACGAGCCGACGAAUGACAACAGCGGCUCCUCUAGGAGCUCAAAGUAUGCCCCCGGAGGCAAAGACGACUGCGAAAAGAAUUCACCAGAACAGAAUUCCUUUGGGAAGAACCCGUCUGGUGAAAAUCCGUCUGGUGAAAAUCCGUCUGGCCAGAACUCCUUCGGCGAGAGUCCCUUCGGCGAAAAUCCCUUCGGUGAAAAUCCCUCCGGUGAAAAUUCUUCGACCCAGAAUGCCUCGGAACAGAACCCUCCUCAACAGAGCCCCGAACAGAGCCCCGAACAGAACCCGGAACAGAACUCGGAGCAAAACCCGGAGCAAAACCCGGGGCAGACCCCCGAACUGGACCCCGAAAAUAUCCCCGAGCAGGAGACUGGCGAGGAAACUACCGCCGGGAAGAACACGCCCGAGUGUCUACUUGCUCUCUCCGCAGACGACAUCCAGAAGGCCAACUACAAGGCCGUCAUGUCCAACCCCAACACGCCGCCGUGGGACCAGUGGCUGCCCGUUAUCGACUUUGAGCUGAUCAUGAACAGCACCUCGGAAAGCUUCAAAUCUGGGCACAUCGCACAGGUCCCGUUCCUCAUGGGCAACCUCGCCGCCAACGCCGGCACCGCCUUCCUCCACCGCAACGCCUCCAGCACCGAGACCGUCGCCGACUACAUCCGGGAUCUGUACCCGCACCUCACCGCCGCCGACGUCGAGGAAAUCACCACCGCGUACCCCCACGUCAACGGCACCUGCGUCGACCCCAGGGGCUGCGCGCAGCGCGUCAUCCACCAGCUGCACCAGGAGUCGCGCUACACGUGCCCGUUGCUCGCCGCCGCCGAGGGCUUCAAGAAGGCCGGCGUCGAACACACCUACAUGUACCUGUGGGACGCCGGUGACGGCCUUGACGACUACUCGCACCUCGGCGCCCGGCAAAACGUCGAGACCGCGCUGCUCUGGGGGCCCGAGCACGGCCACCUGCCGGCCAGCUUCCGGCCGGGCGGCGAGAACCACCCGUCCGUGAUGGUCAAGCAGCGGUACUGGGCCAACUUUGUGCGCUCCCGCAACCCGAACCGCCGCCAGCGGUUCCGCGACUUCGAGGCGGAGAUGGACGCGGGAGGCAAGAAGGUGCGGCUGCGCGUCUGGCGCGUCUGGUUCGUGCGGCAGCGCAGGCGUCUGGUCUUGCGCAACGGCGGCGAGACGGAGGAGAAGACGACAAAGUCCCUCCGCUGGGGCUGCACGUUUUGGAACCGCAUGGCGGACAGGAUGCGCAUCUGA